AUGGCCUCAGUGACUUCGUUAGACAAGGAUUUGCGCAAUGUGCGCCUAUCCCGCUAUACCCCGCAGGCAGCCGCGGAGGUACGCGACUGGAUUGAGGAAGUGCUGCAUGAAAAGCUGGCAGCGCCAGACUUGCUUGAAGGUCUGAAAGACGGCGUUAUUCUUUGCAAACUGGUAAACCUCGUUGUGUCACCGGGCGUGAAGUAUAAGCAGUUGUCCGCGCCAUUUGUACAGAUGGAAAAUAUUUCGCAUUUCUUACGUGCAUGCCAAUUGCCACCGCUCAACCUUCCCCCGCACGAUGUCUUUCUAACAGUUGAUCUCUACGAAGCAAAGGACCCGGCGCAGGUUCUCCAGUGCCUGGCUGCGUUCAGUCGGCGCGCCAAUGCCCUUGCGCCCAGCAAAUUCCCCCGAACUGUUGGCCCACAGAGUAAGCGCGGUGUGAUCAGCCCAAAUGCGACAGGUUCCUCGGGCACCGGAGCAUAUACACCCCGAUCAACCCGCUCCUCCAGCAUCGUCGGGGAUGCGAAAUCUUCUGGGUCGUACAGUACUUGGGCCAAGAAGGGAGAUGAGCAGGAAACCACGCCGGCUUGGAACAUUCACCAAUAUGGUUACAUUGGGGGAGCUAGCCAAGGGAAUCAAGGGGUUGCAUUUGGUGCUCGCCGACAGAUCACCACUCCUGCGCCGGCGGUACCAAGCCUUGCAGAGAAAGAGAAGAAUAGACGUGAAGAGGAUGAACGAAUUCGUCAACAGAAUGCAGAGAGGGACCAAGCGGAGCGGGCACACCAGCGGCAGAUUGCAGAAGAGGAGCGCCGAUGGGAAGAAGAGACUGCUCGUGUAAGGGAAAAAGAACGUCUCAAGGUCAAGGAAGAAAAGAAGCGCUGGGAUGAUGAGAAGCGUCAAUGGGAAGCGGAAGAGCAGCGACGUAUGGUGGAAGAAAAGGAGGCUGAACACCGAUUUGAGCAGGAGCGACAACAGAGACGAAACUUGAAUGAUAGCCGUCUCAAUGGUCAAUUCCUAAGCCAGUACCAGGCCUCCAACUCUGAUGUCGCCAACGCGGUCGAGGAGACAGCCCAAAGCCGCCGCAUCAAAGAGCUCGAGCGCGAGCUACAGCUGGCAAAGGACCGGGAACGCCAGUACGAGACCGAACGCCAGGAAGUCCAGCUUGGAAAGACUGACAAUAACCCUGAAUCUCGCAGUCAAAGUCGCCCUCGUCCCGUACCCCCCAAACCUAGCUACGAUCUCUCUUCCUUGGAACAAGAACGGCGACUCCUCCCUACGGAGUGGCAGAACAAGCAGGAGUUGCCGGCUACUUCCGAAGCAGAGGAACCCCAACCCAUCGAGGAGCAAGCGCCACCCAAGCCCCCUCGUCCCCUCCCAGUGCCAAAGCCAGCAUCUUUCUCUCCAUCGCCAGCGCUCCCACCCAGGGACCUACCCACCCCGCCUCGGCCCCUUCCAGACCCGGUAGCCUACAACGUCAACCGGGGCUACGAGAGCCGCGUGGAUAGUUUCCUCUCCUCUAACCCAGCACCUAAAUCCCCAGCUCCAGCCGCACACCGAUUCCAAGACUAUACCUCGACCUCCGAAGUCGACGCUGAGAACAGCCGCCGUGCAGCCUCACAACAGAAGACCAAGGCUGGCGGCUGGGCAUCUAAAUCUCUGCUGGAACGAGAGAUGGAGCGCGAGCGCGCGCGCCAGGAAGAGUGGGCAGAGAACCAGAAGCAAACGGCGGCUGCGGCCGAGCGUGGCGGUCAAGAUGGCACACAAGGCUCGGGACCAGGCCAGUCUUGGGAUAUUCAUCAAUAUGGCUACAUGGGUGGUGAUAAUCAAAACCGUGGCGGUGUUGGUCUUGGGGUUGGUGGUGCUAGGCGCCAGAUAAUUGGGCCCCGGCCGCCGCUGUAA